CUUGAUUUGUUAAUGACAGGAAUAUUUUGAGAAGAAAAUUGAGAUGGCAGCCAGGAAUGCUUUCAGAUAUGUUUCUCGUAGGCUCUCUAGCAGUGGCAAGGUAUUAAGUGAGGAGGAAAAAGCUGCUGAAAAUGUCUACAUCAAGAAAAUGGAGAAAGAGAAGCUGGAGAAGCUUGCUCGCCAGGGUCCCAAGCCAGAAGAACAAGCUGCAGGUGGCUCAGGGUCAGUAGCUGAUGCUGCAUCAAGUGCCCAGGCGUCUUCAACAUCCAGAGUAUCAGAUGACAAAUACCGCAACUAUGGUGUUCUAGCUGGACUGAUCACUGGUGUUGGUGCUUUGGGUUGGUACUUGCUGUCAAAGGACAAGAAGGCAGAAGAAGUACAGGAUUGAAGUAUCUCUUAAUAAGCAAACUCCUUAAAAGACAAAAAAAAAUAAAGCAAACUCCUGUUUCGAAAACAGUACCCUAAUCUCUUUUCCGUCUGUAUGGUUCUCCACCAGCUGGAUGUACAAAAAUCUCCAGAACUGGUGUACAUUUUACAACUGCUGAACUGGAUGACCUUCUAUGUGUGUUGCUUCGUUGACACGAUCACAUCGUUUUAGAGAAGAAUUUCCUCGGUU